GGGUCACUUUGGUCAGCGGGAUUGGAAGAGAGCCAUCAUCUGCUUCCUCGAUGGUCUGCCAGCCCUUGUGUUUGAGUCAAGAUGGCUAAAGGUGAUCCGAAGAAGCCCAAAGGCAAGAUGUCUGCCUAUGCCUUCUUUGUGCAGACGUGCCGUGAGGAACAUAAGAAAAAGAACCCAGAGGUUCCAGUCAACUUUGCAGAGUUUUCCAAGAAGUGCUCGGAGAGGUGGAAGACCAUGUCAAGCAAGGAGAAGGCUAAAUUUGAUGAAAUGGCAAAGGCUGAUAAGGUACGAUAUGAUAGAGAAAUGAAGGACUAUGGACCAGCUAAGGGUGGCAAGAAGAAGAAGGACCCCAAUGCCCCAAAACGACCACCGUCUGGCUUCUUCCUCUUCUGUUCAGAGUUCCGCCCCAAGAUCAAGUCCACAAACCCUGGCAUAUCCAUUGGGGAUGUAGCGAAGAAACUGGGUGAAAUGUGGAACAACCUCAGUGAUGGUGAAAAGCAGCCUUAUAAUAAUAAGGCAGCUAAACUGAAGGAGAAGUACGAGAAGGAUGUUGCAGACUACAAGUCUAAAGGAAAGUUUGAUGGCGCAAAGGGAGCAGCAACCAAAGCUGCUCGGAAAAAGGUAGAGGAAGAAGACGAAGAGGAGGAGGAGGAUGAAGAAGAGGAGGAUGAAGAUGAUGAUGAUGAAUAAAACUGUACAAUACUUGUCUCCAUGUGAAUACCAUAGAGUAGGGGAAACACCAUAAAUGAAGCACCUCUUAUUUGAGAUGGUGUCUCUUGCCCUUAUUAGGCUUAAUUAAAAAAAAAAAUUUGGAUUCCGAUCGCGUUGUAGUUUCUAAAAGUGCUCUAGAAAUUGUAACUGGUUUACAUGAAGUGGCCAUGGGUGUAGUGAGCACCCUGAAACUGUAUCAAAGUUGUACAUAUUUCCAAACAUUUUUAAAAUGAAAAGGCGCUCUAGUGUUCUCCUAACUCUGUGCACUUUGCUGUUGGUGUAACAAAGCAUUUAAAAAUGUUUCAAGCAUUUUUUUAAUUUGUAAGGUGGUGUUACUAUAUGGUUAUUGGCUAGAAAAUCCUGGGUUAUAAACUGUACAUAUCUAUAGUUUGUAAAAACUAGACAGAUUCUUGUGGUACAUGCUUAGAGUUAUGAUGCCUUAGAGGAGCAGUGAUUACUUGGAAAGGCUGUACGUUCCCCGGGGUGCCAUGGCCCAAAGCAUGCACUGUGAGGGUAGAUCUAUUUACACUACAGUGGGCGUCCAUUUAGCUUAAAGUUGUCUUUCUGUAUAUAGUGAAAUAGCAUUCUGCUGCCAUUCUUAGUUGUGGAAGGGGGUUCAGCUGGCAUGAGAAGUGUAUGGAUUUUUUUAGUUAAGUGCGGUAGUUUUUAAACUGAAACUGUAGACAUCUCUUCAUCGUCAACUAAGUGAAGAGCCAGUGCAGCAACUGAAGUUCAAAAACACUCUGUACUUAAACGAAUUUGCAACGUUCUGUUUUUUUUGUAUGUUUAGAAUGCUGAAAUGUUUUUGAAGCAAAAUAAACAGUAUUACAUUUUUAAAACUGUUCUUGACAACACUCUAAAUUUCUGGUUUAAAAGGAUCUUAACAACAGCAAGAGGUUCAUUUUGAAGUUUGUGGCAUCCCUCAGGGCUGGUGACUUAGGAAGCAUUCUGACUCAAGGAUUUAAAAAAAUAAAAAUAAAAAAUAAAAAAUAAAUGGUGGCCAGCCAAAACUGGCUGAAUUGAAAGAGAUGGCUGCUCCAGCUAAUAUGCAAUCGUAACUGUUUAUGGCUGAGUGGCAUAAGAUGCUAUGCAAGUUUGAACUUUAUUACUUGAACUUGGGAGCCUAAAUGAACAUUCAUGACGUAAUUGUUUGUUUGUGUGUGUAUAUAGCAGCAUUCAGAGAUGCAGAGAAAGGUAGGUGGCUAGGAAUGAGGCUGACACCAUGGAAUAAGUAUAAAAGCAUAGUUUGGAUUUUUUUCAGUUGUGUUGGGUAAAUUUAUAGCCCAAAUGCAUUGCUGUACAUAUUAAAAUGUGCCUUUUUUGUCCUGUGUUAAACUGUUUCAGACUUGUGGUUUUUUCUAGCAUCUUAAUUCGUGGCAGGAGCCAGGCACCUAGUCUUAACUCCCUGCUGAAGUAGGAGCAUGGCGCAGGUACUUAGUCUGGGUCCGUUCUCUAAUGAUGCAAGUUUCAGGAGGAAUUGGGUGCUCUGAGGUGGGUUGGGGGAGUGACGCAGGUCUCUCUUCCCCCUUUGGUGACCAGCCGGCUGCGUCGUAGUCUUGCCAUCUUUCCAAAUCCAAGCUGGGGAUGUUUUGCAGCCCUUGAAAGGGAAAGGUAGUACCCGGUCUCUAGUUGGUGACUCUAACCUCGUUUUUCCUUAGCGUGGAAACUGCACGAACUGGGAAAAGUGUAGCACCCCCUCGCUACCCUUGAAUUCCUUCCUUGUGCUGGCAGCAGUUAGCAGUCAGUGUUCGCCUGGCAGCGAGGAAGAGGUGGGGGUGUGAGGAUAUUUGCAUUAACAGCAGGUCAAAGAUGAGGGCUGCUGCGUGCAGCUGACUUAAGAGGACCGGGUAACUCAGCAGUGUAAACCGUGGGUACGGGCUGCUGCCGCUGCCUCCUUUGAGUCAAACUGCAGAUUAAUGGGGGCCAG